AGGGACGGACAGGGGGCGCGUGGCCAGAUGACGUGAACGAAAAUGAAAAAGUGGGGUGCAAAUGCAGCGCUAGCUCCGUCCCUCGUUUAUUAAUUUCUGUGUGGUGGCUGCUCAGGCGGGGGGUCGGCGUAGGCUAGACACGCAGCCGCGCAGUCUCGCAUAGCCCGGACUCCGGAGAGCGUCGGGGGUUUCAGCCACCGCACAGGGAAAACACCAGGAUUUUUAAGUAAAACACCCAACAUGGUCGGAGAUCCGGAGAUGGAGGAAGCAGUGCCAGGGAGUGGAGGAGGCAUCCGCUCCGUGCUGCCGCUGGGCUCGCUCAUCUCUCCUUCUGGGACUGAGCAAAGAUCUCUUUGGUUCUUUUCACAGGUGCAGCUUCCGGAGCUGGAGGGCAAGAUCAUCGGGCUGUACUUCGCCGCCAACUGGCACCCCAAGUGCGAGGCGUUCACCCCGGCUUUGGCCGCGGCGUACCACCAGCUCAAGGCGCGCGGCGCCGGCUUCGAGGUGCUGUUCGUGUCGUGCGACGAGGACCGGCCGUCCUUCGAGCGGUUCCACCGCGGCAUGCCGUGGCCCGCCGUGCCCUUCGGCGACCUCCGGUGCAAGAAGAGCCUGAGCGAGGCGUUCCAGGUGGAGGGCAUCCCGCGCCUGGUGGUGCUCGCCCCGGGCGGCUCCGAGGUCAUCUGCUCGGACGCCGUCGAGCUCGUGCACCGCUACGGCGACCCGGCAUUCCCGUUCACGCCGGCCAGGGUGGCCGAGCUUGAGGCCGACGAGCAGAGCAAGUUCGCCUCCCAGACGCUCGAGAAGCUCUUCUCCGUCAGCUACGUGAACGGUAGCAACCAACAGGUGCCCAUCUCGAGCCUGGUCGGGAAGACGGUGGGGCUCUACUUCUCGGCGCACCGGUGCGCGCCGUGCGUCAAGUUCACGGCGAGGCUGGCAGCCAUAUACGGGACCCUGAAAGGCAAGGCCGAGGAGUUCGAGAUCGUGUACGUCCCCAUGGACAAGGAGGAGGAAGGGUACCUGCGGUCGUGCGGCGACAUGCCGUGGCUGGCGCUGCCCUACGACGCCGACGGCGCCUCGUCGCGGGCGCUGGCCAGGUACUUCGACGUCCGGGAGAUCCCGACGCUGGUGGUGAUCGGGCCCGACGGCAAGACGGUGACGAGGGAAGGUAGGAACCUGGUGAACCUCUACUUCGACAUGGCGUUCCCAUUCACCGACGAGCAGAUCAGGCUGCUGCAGGAGCUGGAGGACGAGGACGCCAAGGGGUACGCGCCGUCGCUCCGCCACACGGGCCACCGGCACGAGCUGAGCAUCGUGUCGGGGAAGUCCGGGGGAGGGCCGUACAUUUGCUGCGAGUGCGACGAGCAAGGGUCCGGCUGGGCGUACCAGUGCAUCGCCUGUGGCUACGAGAUACACCUCAGGUGCGGCCGGGACGUGGAGGGCGGCAGCGCUGGGGCUGGUUAGCAUCCUGCAGUGUAUGCAGGGUAUUGAAAUGAAUACAGUGUGUCAGUCUGUGUGUGUGUGUGUGUGUGAUGAACAAAGCGCGGCUUGCUAUUGUCAGGUCUGAUGAUACUGGAAUAGACGAGAAAUGACCAAAUGAGCAGUGUGGUUUGGUUGCUGGUCGCUGGGUGCAAAAGAGUUGCAGGUGCGCGGUGCGACUGCAGGUGCUUGAGAAGAAGAAAAUGUUUUAGUACUAGAUUGGAGUACU